AUGAAGGAAUUUCCUAAUCCAUUUCUCGACUUUUUCAAAGAGCUUGCGCAUAAAAGAAAACAAAGUGAUGGAAACACAGAAGAUGGACUUGAUGAUGACGUUUCUCAAACAGAUCGACCUCUUCCUUCAUGCCGACCAAUUCUUGCUAGACCAUCUGAUUUGCAUUCAAAGGUUCUUCAUAGAAAUUCAUCAAGAUAUAGUGGAAGAAGAAAAUGAAAUAUACCUGUUGUAAUUCCUAAUAAAUUUUUGGAAAAAGAAUUCUUUAGCCAAGAUACUGAUAAGUCAGCCAAUUUAAGAGAUAAUUGUCCUUUUGAAUUUUAUGAAAGCUCAAAUAUGAUUAAAGAUAAACAGCAAACUUUAAUUGAUAGAGUCAAUGGCCUGCAGGAACCUGACUUGCUAAAAGUGUGAAUUUUUUUGGAGUCAGAGUGCGAAAAUAAUAAAAGUAAAGAAAAUGCUAUAUUGCACCAGCAUAAACGGCCAUAUUCUGGAGGAAAAAGCUCUAUUUUCCAAGAAAGCGUAGAAAGCAAAAAUGAUGAAAUGUAUUCAAAAAUAUUUUUCAAUCAAGGCAGAGAACAAAGCAGAGACUUAGAAGAAGAAAAAAAAGAACAAAUGCUGAAAAUGGUUUCAAGUAUUUCAAUGAUUCAUCAUGCCCCCUUGACAGAAAAAAAGUCUGAGGAUGCAUUAGGGAAAUCAUAUAAAUUAAAAUGGAGACACGAGGAAUCUGACUUCUUGGCGCAACAUUUCAGAUCUUGGUUAAGUCAAGAAUCAAGUGCAGGCUCAAGAGAUGUUUAUUCGGGUAGGUUUUGGCUGCUUUCCUGUGGUUGAAAAUGGAGAUCCCCAAUAACGUCCUUUGGGAUCCGAAGACCCAUCGAUUCCUCUUCCUGAUUUUAAUAACCUAAUCUAGCCUUAGGGAAACCAUUAGGCGUCAGUCGUUAUCAAAGAGCAAGUCUUGCAUUAUUAACUCCCCCCCUCCGUGAGUGAACAAAACCAUUAGAAAAAUCGCCAUUUUUUGCCCAAAAACCCACCCUCCGUGAGUGAACAAAAAUUUUUUUAAAUAGAAAAAUUUUUUAUGGGAAAAAAAAUUGAUAUAUAAAUGAUAAUUAUUAUAAUGAAAUCUAGAGCUAAUUCUGUUUAAUUUUAAACGAAUUGCUUUUUAAAACAUAAAUUUUAUAAAUUAAAUUAAUAUUUGCUUUCCAAUUUUUGCGAAUUAGGAUUUUUUUAAAUUUCGAAAAAAAAAUUUUUUUAUAAAAUUUAUAUAUAAAUUUUUUUAAAAGAAAAAGUUAACCCCCCUCCGUGAGUGAACAAAAUUUUUUUGUUCACUCACGGAGGGGGGGAGUAAGGAAAACUAAAGGGCUGGGUCCAGAGCAAGAUCGAACUAUAAAACUUCUCGGUGUUAAUAUAGAAAAACUGGUUCACUCACAAGAUACAUAUAAGCAGUUUUAA